GCCCAGUUCACCUGGGACCCCGAAACAGUUGGGAUGAUUCACGGCUCCUUCUUCUGGGGCUACAUCGUCACACAAAUCCCCGGGGGCUUCAUCGCCCAGAAAUUCGCUGCCAAUCGUGUGUUUGGCUUUGCCAUUGUGGCCACCUCGACUCUGAACAUGCUGAUCCCGUCGGCCGCCAGGGUUCACUACGGCUGCGUCAUAUUCGUCCGCAUCCUGCAGGGGCUGGUGGAGGGGGUGACGUACCCAGCCUGCCAUGGGAUCUGGAGCAAGUGGGCCCCCCCUCUGGAGCGCAGCCGCCUGGCCACCACGGCCUUCUGUGGCUCCUACGCGGGCGCAGUGGUGGCCAUGCCGCUGGCCGGGGUCCUGGUCCAGUACUCGGGGUGGAGUUCGGUCUUCUACGUCUAUGGCAGCUUUGGGAUCUUCUGGUACAUGUUCUGGUUGCUGGUUUCCUAUGAGAGCCCAGCUCAGCACCCCACCAUCACGGAGGAGGAGCGCCGGUACAUCGAGGAGAGCAUCGGGGAGAGCGCCAGCCUCAUGAACCCCCUGGUGAAAUUCAAGGCCCCCUGGCGCAAGUUCUUCACCUCCAUGCCCGUCUACGCCAUCAUCGUCGCCAACUUCUGCCGCAGCUGGACCUUCUACCUGCUGCUCAUCAGCCAGCCGGCCUACUUCGAGGAGGUCUUCGGCUUCGAGAUCAGCAAGGUGGGCCUGCUCUCCGCCCUGCCCCACCUGGUCAUGACCAUCAUCGUCCCCAUCGGGGGGCAGAUCGCGGAUUUCCUGCGCAGCCGCAGGAUCAUGUCCACCACCAACGUCCGCAAGAUGAUGAACUGCGGAGGCUUUGGCAUGGAGGCGACUCUGCUGCUGGUGGUGGGUUAUUCCCACAGUAAAGGCGUCGCCAUCUCAUUCUUGGUCCUUGCUGUGGGCUUCAGUGGCUUCGCUAUUUCAGGGUUCAACGUGAAUCACCUGGACAUCGCCCCACGUUACGCCAGCAUCCUCAUGGGCAUCUCCAACGGGGUGGGCACCCUCUCGGGCAUGGUCUGCCCCAUCAUCGUCGGGGCCAUGACCAAGCACAAGACGCGGGAGGAGUGGCAGUACGUGUUCCUCAUCGCCUCGCUGGUGCACUACGGGGGGGUCGUGUUCUACGGGAUCUUCGCCUCGGGCGAGAAGCAGCCCUGGGCCGAGCCGGAGGAGACCAGCUCUGAGAAAUGCGGCUUCAUCCACGAGGACGAACUGGCCGACGAGGAGGACGAGGCCGCCCGGGGACUGGGCGACGGGGGCGGGGGCGGCUACGGGGCCACCAAGAGCACCAGCUUCGCCAAUGGGGGCUGGGCGGCCGACUGGGACAAGAAGGAGGAGUUCGUGCAGGAGCCCGGCAAGGACACCUACAUGUACGGGGCGCCGCGGGAGAGGGACCUGUCCUAGGGACCCCCCGAAUCGCCGCCUCCCCCCGGGCACCUCUGCGGUGGUACAGUCCAGAGGGGUGGGACCACACUUGGCCACACCCCUAUUCUGCAGGCCACACCCCAAUUCCCCCCCCCCCAGUGUGUUGGUACGGUCCAGGGGGACCGGACUGAGUUUGGCCAUACCUCCCCAUUCCUCCACUGCAUUGGUACAAUCCAGCAAGGUGAGGUGGAGCUGAGUUAGGCCACACCCAAAUCCGCCCCAAGUGCCACUGAGCCAGGGGGUGGGAUUUAUUUUAGCCACGCCCAAAUCCCCCACGGCAUUGGUAUAAUCUGAGGGGGGCGGGGCUGAGUUUGGCCACACCCCCACACUAUAGGCCACAGCCCCCUUCGUUGGUGCCAUCCAGGAGGGCGAAGGAGUGGAGCUGAGUCAGGCCACACCCCCAAGCCCUCAAGCCACAGCCAACCGCCCUCACUGGUACAACCCCCCCUCUAUUGGUACAGUCCUCUCCCCACCCCCCUCCACAGGCCACGCCCAAAUCUCUUCCUCUCUGGGCACCACCAUUUGGUAUGACCCAUCAGGGCGAGGGGGUGGCACUUAGGGUUAAGUUGCCCUACCCCCCGGGCCAGCGGCAAUGGUACAACCCAUUGGAGCGGUGGGGGGGGAAGUCCCCAUAUCCCACUGACAAGGGUCUGCGGGGAGGGCGGGGCAGAGGUUAGACCUUUGACCCUGAGGUCGGAAGGUCUUGACCUUUGACCCUUGGCCUCUGCAGGGGCACCACUUGACCUUGAGAUCAAAAAUCCUUUGGCCUCAGGGUUUGGCCUUGAGCCCAAGUUGACCGUGAGGUUGGUGGUGCCUGACCUUUGACCUUGAGACUCCCACGUGCCCCAUAAUAAAUUAACCCCUCCCCCCAGCAGGCCUGGGGGGCAGCACUAGAGAUCCACGGGGGGGGAGAGCAGUGGAGGGGGACAGGGGGAUGCCCCAGACUGUGACCCCGGGGUUCAUUCUGACAGCGUCUUUACAAAGUGACAUGGCAAAUGGCGGUUUUGAGCCACCCCUCAUGAGCCAGUCGGCGGUUUUGAGACACCCCCCGCUCCUUCUCCGAGCUGCCCGCCCUGGCGGCUGCCAGCCACGGCCGAGAUGACGGUUUCAAGCUGCUCCCUGCAUUCUCGAUGGGCAGGUUCAACACCCCACAUGCUGCAGGUGGUGGGUUCGAGACACUUCACGCGCUCUAGGUGGGGGGUUCGAGACACCCCGUGUGCUCCAGCUGGCAGUUUCAAGUUACCCUGCAUAUUUUAUGUGACGGUUUCCUGUUACCCUGUACAGCUCUAACCAGCAAUUUCAAGUUGCUCUGCAUGUCCUAGCGGGCAUCCAGGCAUCCUGCCUGAUCCAAUUCUGGCUGGUAGUUUCGGGACACCCCACACAAUCCAGCCACCGGUGUCAAGCCGCCCUGCAUGUCCUGGCUUGCCGGGUCACAGUUGCUGCAUUGCAAUUCUCCUGGGUAUUUUCCAACUGUCUUGCUUCCUCCAGCCGGCGGCUUCAAGUCACCCCACAGCUUCCAGCUGGCAGUUUCAGGCCAUCCCAACCCAUCCAGCUGGUGGUUUCAAGCCACCCAGCACAGUCUUAGCCAAGGGCUUCAAACAAGUCAGCGCCCUCUAGUUGGCGGUUUCAUGUCCCCUCUUACAUGUGACAGUUUCAAGUCCCCCCCCUUGCAUUCUCUCGAGCCACGUAGCCACCUGUGGAGUGAGGCCCGGCCCUACCUGACAUCCCACCCCGCCCACCCCCGCGCUGGUUCGGCCGUGGCACCGCCCAGUUCCUCCCAGUUAGAGGCAGGUGGCGAUGCUGUGGGCUGGGGGAUUCCCCCAAAAAUGUGUGGGGGGGGAGACCUGAGCCCUCCUGUCCCUUCCCCUGCCCCACAGCUCCGGCAUUGGAGGGUCCGCCUGGCGUUGAGUGUACGUGUGUGUCCCGCCCCAUUGGAAUAAACCAAUUCUUGUGUAAAUAUAUAAAUAUAAAUUAUAUACGGGACCGAGAGCGGG